AACUCUAGCAUAAAAGCCCAGCACUCUCCCUUUAGAUACUCCAUAACAAGCACUUAACACAAGGAAAAAAAAGUUUUCUGUUCUCAUCAACACUUUCUUUCACUUGGCAGCUUCCAUCAUGAGUGGAAAAAGAAAACAAACCAGCCCAGUCGGAAGCCCUUUGUCCGGUGGGAAUGUAUCCGAUGGUGGUUCCAAAGAGCAAGACAGGUUCCUUCCCAUUGCUAAUGUGAGCCGGAUCAUGAAGAAGUCCCUCCCUGCAAAUGCCAAGAUUUCAAAGGAAGCCAAGGAAACCGUCCAAGAAUGCGUCUCUGAGUUCAUUAGCUUCAUCACCGGGGAGGCCUCGGACAAGUGCCAACGAGAGAAGAGGAAGACUAUCAAUGGCGAUGAUCUUCUUUGGGCCAUGACAACCCUUGGUUUUGAGAAUUAUGUUGGACCCUUGAAGGGCUAUCUCAACAAGUAUAGGGAGACCGAGGGAGAGAAGAACUCCAUGACUAGAGGACAAGAAGAUCACAACCACUCAUCUAAUGAUGGUCAUCACAUCAACAACAACAACCAAGUCCAUAAUGGUACUAAUGAGAUCAACACAGUAGGAAUUAAUAAGGUGGAUUUUUUCAAUAAUGGUGGGUUUUAUUCACUUGGGGGGCAACAGAUGAGUGCUCCAAAAGGGUUUGGAGAGAGCGGAAGGGUUAUUGGUUAUGGAGAUCAGACUCUGGUGGCUUAUGGGGAUGGAAAUGCAAAUCAUCUUCACAAUGGGAUAGGAUGGUAAACACCGAAAACUAUAUAUGUAAGAGGUACCUAAUAUAUGUAAUAGUUUGAUUUGAUUUCUUUAAUUAUUGCAAUUCAAUUGACAAUUGGUAUACAAGGGAUCUUGUUGGAGAUCCAUCAAUGCUUAAGUUAAAAGUACAAAUCCAGCAGUUACCAUCGGAGGAGC